AUGACGCGCUCUAUGCUGCAAGUCGCGAUCGUGCUCUUACUGGCGGCAGCAUACUCUCUCGCGGCGCGCAUCCCCCGUGCCACGGUGGCGCCUACAAUCAUCUCGCCUUCGGGCCUCAGUCAGUGGCCGUCGGGCACAGUGGAGACGGUGAAGUGGGUGUCAGACCAGGACUUGACUGGCCUGAACGGGACUAUAUACAUGGGGUACAUACAACCUGAUGGUAACCCUUUUUUGUGGAAAGACCAGCCACUAGCUGAGAAUUUCUCCCUCGCUGACGGGGUGGUGAACAUACGCGUUCCCUUGAACUUACCGACAGGCUUUCGUUAUGUCGUCUCAUUGUCGAUCGACGGUGAUGACAGCGAUAUCAGUGGUGUAUUCGGCGUCGUUGACCGCACCGUGCAGGCUAGCACUACGCUGCCUCCUCCUGCGACUCUGUCGACAACUGGCGGCGUCCCCCCUGCUACCAUCACACGAACAAGUGUGGUUUCCACCAUUGGACUCCCGACAAGUUCCGCGACUUCGAGCGACCUCACUACGCCGUCUUCGUCCAACACAGCAGCGUCGACGGCUACCCAACCCAGUCCUACCAACACCGGUGGCAACUCGAACGGUGCAGGCAGUGCACAUGGCUUGGGAGCUAGCGUGCUCCUCACGAUCGCGUGGUGCACGUAUACAUGUAUACAUGGGUUUGUUUUUUAA